UUGGCAGAAUCGUCGAAAUUGACAUCGACACGGAUUGCCAUAUACAAAAAUAGAAUAGAAUAGAAUUAUUGUAAAUUAUUUCUGUUCUGUCGUGUCUACUACCUACUGCUGUAGCAUGGAUCGUAGAUAAAAAUUAAUAUUGAGAGUUUAAUGAUUCUACUAUUAGUAUAAUUAUUAAUUUGUACGUACAAUUGAAGGCAGCGUGUGUAUGAAGCUAAACUUAUAAAAAUAAAACUCGAAUAUUUAAUAAUUCACGACAAUGUCGACAAGAAGAGCAAGAAUAAAAGCUGUUACCUCGUUACCGCCACGAAGAAAGAAUAACGAUGCUGCAAACAAUACUAAAGCUAAAUUACUUGAGAAAGAAACGUUAGAAAAACCUGCUAGAAGUCCUAAAACACCACGAGCCAUUAAAACACAAGACAAUUUAGACAGAUGUUCCCCAAAACCUGCCUCUCCAUUGAAAUCACCGCGCUCUGUAAAUAUUUUAAAAAGUCAAGAAAAAGUACCAUCACCUUUGGUGGCUGAGGUGUCUAAAGAGGCUGUAGGUACACCAAAGAGGUCGGAGAAAGUGUCUGUGAUUACGAGUACGUACAGUGUUAAGUCCAAUGUAUUUGUAUCGCCUAAGAGUGUCGGGAGUCCUGCAAAGAGGUUUGCUCCCUCCCCCCUUGUACAGACCAGGGUUGAUGUAAAUAUUCAAAGGAUCACACCAUGCACGCCUGAGAAGCAUAAACAAAAGAAUGCUGAUGGCAAAGCUGUUGAGAUAGACCUUACUGAUGGCAAGUCUGCAGAGUUCAGUAAAGGAGCCAGCAGUAAUGUUGCAUCAGAUGUCCCAGAUGAUUACAAUGUCCCCAGUGUACCUGAAAGCAUUACUGAAGAUGCAGUCAUGGAUGGUAUUGUACCACUCCAAGCAGUAUCCGGAGCUCCCAAACCCCUGGCCCUGCUGAAGAAUGAGAUUAUAUCAGAAAAUGCUGAAGUGUUGUUUGACCCUAUUGUACCUUUGCCUUCGCCGAGCAAACUGCGGCCCAAACUUCGACCGGUACCAAGACUUGCGCCUUUGAGAAGAAAUAGUGUUCAGGGUAGUGCAUCAGAAUCGGAAGACGAGAACCGGCGCGCGCUACUCAGCAGCGGCGGAACCAACACACCUGCACCGUCGAGACAGCGACACGACUCACACAUCACAAACAGGGAAGUGGCCCGCGUUAGAAAUGACUCCGUGUGUUCGAGUGUUAGUCAGGCAACGACGCAGCCACCGGCCGCCUCAUCGCCUGUCAAAGACAAACCUGUAUCCAAGUCUCGUCGCGUCGAUACGUCUCGCCGUAACGCGGCGAUGCGUCGACGUCGCGAAGCCGUCAACAAAGAUGAACUUACUAUGUACGACCUCAUCUUUUACAAUCCGACCACCAACCCCAUUGUCCCCGACAAAGACGAGCUCCAAGCCCAAGAAGCCAAUGAGAAGGAAGAGGCGGCUCGCAAGGCCUCCAUGGAGGUUGAGGAGACGCCGGCGGAACAACCAGAGACCGACGCCGCGCCCGUGCCACAGAUCAAACUAGGACCCAAUGGGGAGAUCAUGCUGGAUGAACAGAGCUUGGUAAUAAAAUCCUCCGACAAGCGCAAGGUAUCGUCUAGCGUAGUGCACGAGGGCGCUUGGGCGACGAGCAACACGUCCGGCCGCUACCGCCGCACGCCGCGCACUGCGGACUGGUGCGACGCAGAGACUGUACGCUUCUACCGAGCACUGGCCGCUUUGGGGACGGACUUCAUGCUCAUGGAGAGAUUGUUCCCGGGACGAACGAGACGAGAUCUCAAGCUUAAGUUCAAGAAAGAAGAACGUGUGAACAUGGCUCAAAUAGACAAGGCACUCCGCACGACUUGCAAGUGGGACGCGAAUCGACUUCUGGACGAAUUCCAAGCCGAACGCGAGGAGGCCGACAGGAAGGCGCAGGCGGAGGCCGAGGAGCAGCGCAAGCAGGCGCGGGAACUGCGGGAGAAACAGAAGGAGAUGCGCGAACUGCGCGUGCGCAUGAGUCGAGGUUCGAAAGCUUUAGGUACCUCCAGCUUACCUUUGGCAGAGAGUAUUCUCACAGCUGAUGAUAUUAUCAAACAGCACCAUGAAAUGAAAGCUCAGCAAGCGAAAGCUGCUGCCAUGCCAAGACCGAGAGGGCGGCCGCCUUCGAAACCCGGCACCCUAGCCCGCGCUCGCACCACGACGACAAAACCAACAUCACAACCAACUGACCAAGAUAAGGCUACAAUACCGAAACUUGACCCGACCAAAUCACAAGGAAAAACUCCCGACCAAAGACAGACAAGCACUCCCACACCCGUAGUGCCUUCGAAUAUCGAGAACGGCUCGCUAGUCGUACUCACGGUCAACGACCCCAACUCGCCUUCCAAAAAGAUGUUACAGACUUACAUAGCCGGCGGCGGAGGAAGGUUAACCCCAGUCGCUUUGCCACCAUCGUUUUUGAACUCUGUCGUUACGUAUAUGAAAAAAGGUGGUGGUACACCAAAAAGCAAUAUGUCUGCAGGUUCGUCCCCUCAUUUGAUGUCACCCAGCAGUGUAACGAGCCAAGAUAGUCGACCAUGCUCCACUCCAGGAGUCAUUCAAAUUAAUCCUAGUCCUGCUAAAAGACAGCGACACAGUUCAUAUACGGUCACACAACUCUAAGACAGGAAAUAAGGCAGAAUAAAAAUAGUUUUUGUGUUGUGCUACAACUGUUUAGGCAUUAUAGAACAUAUAGUGUGUUCCAUGGCUUUGUUUGAUGAUGUAAAAACAGUGAGAUAGCCAACUAUAGUGAGAUUAAUGUAGUGACACAAAGCUUCGUUAAAUAAUGGAGUGACAUGAAUUUGGUAAAAACUGUAUUUGCAUAUGUCACAGGAAAAUAACAAGGGCUCGUUAGUUGAUCAAUUUUCUAGGUAGUUGAUCAACUCUCGGAAAAUAAUAAACGUCAGUCGAAAUGUAUUAUUUAACGUAUAUAUUUUAGUAAGUUGAUUAAUUUACCGGAAAUAGUACAUUUCAAAUGCCGUUUAUUAUUUUCCGAGAGUUAAUCAACUACCUAGAAAAUUAUAUUUUGCAAUGUAAAACAAGCCUUAAAAGUCAACUUUUGCUUCUGCUCAAUAUUCGUCACUAUCAGGACAGUACCUGAAUAGGUACAGAAACAGACUUAAUUAUUUUAAAAAAAUGCGAGGAAAUUGAUAGCAACUACAGCAAUAAAAUCUUUUCACUUAUGUAAUCUAGAAUUAGCCUUAGCUUAUCACAAGUUUUAAUUUAUAAUCUAUUACAAUUAAUGACAAUUAUUCUCAUAUUCAAGUAUGAAUUAUUUAUGAAUGAAAUCCCUUGUUGUAUGUCUUUAUUGUAAGCUAAUUAGAUAUAAGAAUGUAAGUAAUACGCAUUUCUCUAAGUACACAAUUUUAAUCCCGCUUUUUGGCUCAUAAACGAAGAUUGCGUACACUGUACAGUACAGUGUCUUGUUAGAAAAAAAAAAAAACUCAUACAGAACUUUUUAGCCAAGGUACGGUGCGAGAUUUUUGUUGUAAAUAUUUGGUCUCUACUUCUUAACAGUAUACUUAUUAGUUCUCUUCAAACCUCGCGACUAUCUUCCGAGAACAAGUACGUUACCCUCACUGCCACCCUAAUAACCAAAAGUGGUUUCGAUUCGCGCAAUGCGAAUGUCGCG